GCAAGGCGCAAGCCGGAGAUCAGGCGGUCGCACGCCGACAGAGUCGCGAUGCCGCCUCGAGCGCGCGUCUGCACGGCCUGCAAGGCCGCCAAAACCAAGUGCUGCCUCGACGGCCUCCCAUGGGACCCGCAGAGCGGCCGCAAGUGUGAUCGCUGCGCGCGGCUCGGCGUGCGCUGCACAGCAGCGCCUCAGGCCGUCGACAAGCGCAAGGCCUUUAGCAGCAGCUCGGCCCCGUGCAGAGUCGUGGCACCGGGCGGCGGCAUGCUGCUUCACAUCGCGCCGAGCUCCAUGCUGACGCAGGCGCUUGCUCAAGUUCCGGGCACCACCUCCUCCUCCUUUGCAGACACCUUGUCGUACGUGCUGGCGCCGGGCGCCUCGCCGGUGGCGGCUCGGUACGUCCUCCGCGCAAUCGCGACGACGGCGCGGCGGCGCGGCACCUACGAGCUCACCGAGUUUGUGACGCGCCUCUGCAACCACUACGACAUUGCGCUCGACCACGUCAUGGCGGAGGCCACCGAACCACUCCCAGCGCUCGGGGACAACGACGACGACCUGCCGUCCUUUUUCGAGGAGAAGCUGACCAGCUCCUCGGCGGGCUUCGUGAACGUGCGCUCGCGCCGCGACGGCGAGGCCCGCUUCUACGCCAACGCCGCCUUCGAGGCCUCCUUCGCCGCUGUGCGCGAGAUGGACGCGACGUGGCAGUCCGGCUCCAUGGAGAUCAACUCGCUCUUCGUGCACCAGGAAGACUGCCACCUGGUCCGGCGCCUCUUUGGCGAGCUCUACCGCGCGUGUGCGCCGGACGAGGUGCUCGAGAUGUCGACGCCGCGGCCGGUGCGCGCAUACGACCGCGCCGCCGCCGCCUACGCGCUCUUCGACUGCCGCGGAGCGAUGCUCGUCCAGCACGAGGGCCGCGCCUUUGUGGGGCUCGUCGAGCUCUUCCUGCACGCGCCGGGCGCCGCGCCGGUGGCGCCCCUCGCCGCGCCCUCCGAGCCGCCGUGGGCUAAGUCCGGCAUGCCGCCCGCGCUGCCUCCCCUCGGCGGCAUCGCGGCCACACCCCUCCCCACUCCGGCGCCGCCCCCGCUGCCGCCGCCCGCCGCCGCGGCGGCGGCCGCGAGGCUGCCGCCCCCGCCGGAAGCGACCUCGCUCGCCCCCCACGCCUCCCCCUGCUCCUCCUCCUCCUCCUCCUCGGCGGGGGGAGCCACGGGGGCGGCCGUCUCGCCGGGGGCGGCGGCAGCGGCGGGCCCGUCCUUCGGCGCGGCGCGCGAGGAGGCGGAGCCGGACCUGCGUUCCCUCGUGGUGGGCGCCACGGGCAGCGAUUGCAGGCCUUGCGGCGGCGGCGGCGGCGGCGGCGGUGCCAAGCGGCCGCCAGACCCGUUCGGCGGCGUGCCUCUCGACGUGACCGAGCAGCUCAUCGCCAUGUCGAGCCCGCCCAAGCGCUUCUGCCUCCCCAACGGGCGGCCACUGCAGCUCUUUGCGACGGACCACUUCUCCGUCGUCCCGCCGCCGCCGCCCUCGCCGGGAGGGGCAGGGGACGGUGUCUCGGCCGGCUCGGAUCGACCCGGCGUCUGCCGCAAGCCGAGCAUCGCGUCCGAAGGGACGCUGGAGGAGAUCUCUUCCUUGUGGUUCGACAUUGGGUACGAACUCGAGGCCGGAUCGGCUGAGUGCGCGGUUGCGGACGCGGAGAUGGAGGAGGAGGCCGGGGCGGGCGAUGCCGGAGCAAGCCACUUCCUCGGCCCGGCUCCAGAAAGCGGGGGAGAGGGCGGUGGCUCGUCGGCGCUCGUUAAGCUUGCGGGCGCCUUUAUGGCGACGUUGGCGGUCUCGUCGAUGGCUUCGAUGGCGCGAUCGGCCAAGCGUACUCACAAGGACUCAAAAAAUGGUGCAGCCCUCUUGAGCCCCCCUUCCACUCAAUUCCCCCCCUCAAAGACGCUCUCAAAGCAGAGAGAAGCAGCACUGGUACGAGUGAACUCGAUCAACAACAUGUCCGAGAACAAGACGGAAGUGAAGGCCCGCAUCGUGUCGGCCGAAGACGGCAGCAUCAAGGUCGUCGUCUUCUCCGCGCCGGAGUCGCCUCCGCUACUCGGAGCAAAGGCUUGUGCCGGCAAGACCGCACCCGCUGAGGACGUCACCGUGGCCGAGUCCGGCGCGUCAAUCAAGGAGUUUCCGGUGGAGGAGCCCGCCCCGGCGGCGAGCGCCUGGCAUUCUGCGCACGUGCGUCUGCCGACCCACUCCUUCAUCCGUCCCGCGUGAUGCGUAGGGCGUCGCCGACUGGAACGUCUCGACCAAGGAGGUUCCAGAGGAGUUUCCAGAUCCGGCCGGCGCCAAGGCCGUCGGCAUCCCGCCCAAGAGCGAGCCCAGCCCGCUCAAGGACGGCAUUGACACGGGCGGCGGCAACGUCGCGGGCGAGUUGUCGCCGAUGAAGUCCUUCGCGAAGGUCGGAAUCGUGCCGGCUGACGACGGCCGCAUCACGAUCGUCAUCUCCGCGUCGGUGUCGCCU